ACGCGCAGGCCUCUGCUCUUUCUCCCCGCCGGUGCUCCGGCCGAUCCUCGCCAUCUACAGUUUCGACAAGGCAACGACAGUUCUUGGGAGGGAGCGAUCCGGGUUAAGGAACCUCCAGUUCGGUCGAGAUCCGACCCACAGUUCAGUCAAGAGUCUGCUAAACUAUUUUUCAGUAUAGUUGAUGAUGGGCAAUGGUGAAAUUGAAAGUGCAGAUGACGAAAUGUCUUCAAUGGGUGGACAAAAUCAUAGACCUAUGGUUUCUCAUGAAGGAUCUGAUGUCCAAAUGCUGUCUAUGGAGUCUAGAUUGUCCCCAGAGAUACCACUGAAGCCAAUUAGGAUACCAUCAAAAUCAGUGAUUUUUCCCAACACAAUGGAAGGUUUCUCUCAUGGUCAUGAUGGGUCUAACACUGUCCAGAGGGAAUCAAAGUUGGAACUAUUUGGUUUUGAUUCUCUUGUUAAUAUACUGGGACUCAAACGUAUGACAGGGGAACAUGUUCAAACACCCUCAUGCCCAAGAGAUGGUGAGGACAUAUCCAUUGCUCUUGGGAGCCCAGAGGUUGCCAGUUCAAAGCUUGGGACUAUGAUGGGUGUUUUUGUACCUUGCUUUCAGAAUAUCUUGGGAAUCAUAUACUAUAUCCGUUUUACCUGGAUUGUGGGCAUGGCUGGCAUCGGUGAGGGUCUUCUAUUGGUUGCAUUUUGUGGAUCUUGCACUUUCUUAACGACAAUAUCACUAAGUGCCAUUGCAACGAAUGGGGCAAUGAAGGGAGGUGGACCAUAUUAUCUCAUUGGAAGGUCCUUGGGUCCAGAAGUUGGAGUUAGCAUUGGACUAUGCUUCUUCCUUGGCAAUGCAAUUGCUGGUGCUAUGUAUGUCUUGGGAGCUGUGGAGACCUUCUUGGAUGCUGUGCCUGCUGCUGGAUUGUUUAGAGAGACUGUCACACUCAUCACUAACAGCACUGCUGCUGAUGGUACGAUAACUGAAGUAAUGACAACUAUAUCAACUCCAAGUUUGCAUGACCUUCAAGUUUAUGGAGUUAUUGUGACUAUCCUUCUCUGCUUUGUUGUGUUUGGAGGAGUAAAGAUGAUAAACAGGGUAGCUCCAGCUUUCUUGAUUCCUGUACUUUUUUCACUUUCCUGCAUAUUCAUUGGAGCUCUUUCAGGUCCAAAGGGUGAUGGCUCGAGUGGUAUAACUGGAUUGAGAUUAAAAACAUUCAAAGAGAAUUGGAGUUCUGAUUAUCAGUUUACUACAAAUGCCGGAAUACCUGAUCCAGAAGGACCUAUAUACUGGAAUUUCAAUGCAUUGGUGGGUCUAUUCUUUCCAGCUGUAACAGGAAUCAUGGCUGGUUCAAACCGAUCUGCAUCUUUGAAGGAUACACAGCGCUCUAUACCAAUUGGAACACUUUCUGCAACACUUAUUACCUCCUUUUUAUAUUUUAUAUCAGUUAUAUUAUUUGGAUCCUUGGCCACUAGAGAAGAGCUACUGACAAAUCGGCUUCUUACUGCUGAAGUUGCUUGGCCCUUUCCAGCGAUUAUAUAUGCUGGGAUUGUUCUCUCUACUUUAGGUGCAGCGCUUCAGAGUUUGACAGGUGCACCGCGCUUGCUCGCAGCAAUAGCGAACGAUGACAUUCUCCCAGUUCUUAAAUAUUUCAUGGCCACAGAAGGAGAACCGCAUUUGGCAACUCUCUUUACUGCCUUUGUUUGUAUCUGCUGUGUUAUAAUUGGAAAUCUGGAUCUGAUAACACCUACUAUAACUAUGUUCUUCCUGCUUUGUUAUGCUGGAGUCAACUUAUCUAGCUUCCUUCUUGACCUACUUGAUGCUCCUAGCUGGCGCCCUAGAUGGAAAUUUCACCAUUGGAGUCUGUCACUUCUUGGAGCAUCUCUUUGCAUUGUGAUCAUGUUCCUGAUCUCCUGGUUAUUCACUGUGGUGUCUCUGGCCCUUGCUAGCCUGAUAUAUUAUUAUGUGAGCAAAAAAGGUAAGGCUGGAGACUGGGGGGAUGGAUUUAAGAGUGCCUAUUUUCAACUAGCCUUGCGUAGCCUUCGAUCACUGGGAGCAAACCAGGUACACCCUAAAAAUUGGUACCCUAUCCCGCUCAUAUUCUGCAGACCGUGGGGAAAACUACCUGAAAAUGUUCCUUGUCACCCAAAACUAGCAGAUUUCGCAAACUGCAUGAAGAAAAAGGGUCGAGGGAUGUCAAUCUUUGUCUCAAUUAUUGAUGGUGACUAUCAUGAAUUGGCAGAGGAUGCCAAGACCAUCAGCCGUCAGCUGAGCACCUACAUCAACUACAAACGCUGUGAAGGAGUAGCUGAGAUUAUAGUUGCUCCAACAAUGUCUGACGGCUUUCGUGGUAUUGUCCAGACAAUGGGACUAGGCAACCUUAAACCCAAUAUUAUAGUUAUGCGAUACCCGGAGAUAUGGCGCCGGGAGAACCUCUUCCAGAUUCCAUCUACUUUCGUCAGCAUCAUCAAUGAUUGCAUUAUCGCCAACAAAGCAGUUGUAAUUGUCAAGGGCCUCGACGAAUGGCCGGGUGAAUAUCAAAGACAAUUUGGCACGAUUGACCUUUACUGGAUCGUGAGAGAUGGGGGACUCAUGCUUCUCUUAUCCCAGCUCCUCCUGACAAAAGAAAGUUUUGAGGGUUGCAAGAUUCAAGUCUUUUGCAUUGCCGAAGAGGACACAGAAGCUGAAGUUCUCAUGGCCGAUGUUAAGAAGUUCCUUUACGACCUCCGCAUGCAAGCUGAGGUAAUUGUUAUACCAAUGAAAUCAUGGGAGUCAGAUUCUAACCAUGAAGGUCAACAAGAUGAGUCGAUGGAGGCAUUUACGGGCGCACAACGCCGAAUUGCAAAGUACCUUUCUGACAUGAAGGACGCUGCCAAAAGUGAAGGAAGGCCCUUGAUGGCUGAUGGGAAGCCAGUAAUUGUAAACGAGCAACAGGUCGAUAAGUUCCUUUAUACGACUCUGAAGUUAAAUUCGACGAUCCUUGGAUACUCACGAAUGGCAGCUGUCGUGUUGGUCAGCCUCCCUCCACCCCCUCUAAAUCACCCAGCGUAUUUCUACAUGGAGUAUAUGGAUCUCUUAGUUGAGAAUGUGCCAAGGAUGUUGAUAGUUAAGGGAUAUAGGAGAGAUGUUGUUACCCUGUUCACAUAAUUGUAAUUGCCUUUUUGUCUCGAUUUUCAAUUUUCAUUAAACUCCUAAUUAUUUCAUUGAUUCUUUUUUGGA